AUGGCGAUGACUGCGGCGAUCACAGUACUGGCGGCGUUAUCGUGUUCUUUUUGGGCCGUCUCGGCCCAACAGUGCGACAUCUACAAUGGCAGCUGGGUUCGCGACGAUUCCUACCCGCUCUACGACUCGGCGAGUUGCCCCUUCAUUCGCCGGGAGUUCGACUGCCAGCGCUACGGCCGACCCGACCACGACUACCUCAAGUUCCGGUGGCAGCCGGCCGACUGCGAUCUCCCGAAGUUUGACGGUGAGAAUCUGUUGAGGAGAUGGGCAGGGAAGAAGGUGAUGCUCGUCGGCGACUCUCUGACGCUGAAUCAGUACAUAUCGUUGCUGUGCAUGGUGCAUGCGGCGGUGCCCAACGCCGUGUACAACUACACCAGAGGUAGCGAUGGUACCUACACGGCCACAUUUCAGGAAUACAAUGCGACGGUGGUCUACUUCUUAUCUCACUACUUGGUCGACAUAGUAAGAGAGGAGAUGGGGCGCGUGCUAAAACUGAACUCCAUGAGCAGUGGCGCCGUUUGGCUCACGGCUGACUUCCUCGUCUUCAACACCGGUCAUUGGUGGUAUACCAAGGGGGCCUCUCAAGCAUGGGAUUACAUUCAAGAUGGGCAACAGAUAGUGAAAGACAUGGACAGGGAUGAGGCCUUCUCCCAUGCAAUGCAAACCUGGGCCAACUGGGUCGACUCGGCAGUCGACCCUGCUACCAAACGCCUCUUCUUCACAGGCCUCUCUCCUAGCCAUUACAAUGGAUCAGAGUGGGGAGAACCAGGGAGGACUUGCGCCGGACAAACUGAGCCAACGAGUCCGUCGAACUUCACCGGAGGUUCGAUUCCGCAACAGGUCAUAGUGAACGAGUUGCUGAAGGUGAAGGCGAAGCAGGUGAAGUUGUUGGACAUUAGUUAUCUCUCUCAGCUGAGGAAGGAUGCUCAUUCUUCCAAGUACAAUGGCGCCAAUUUCUCUAACGACUGCAGUCACUGGUGUGUGGCGGGGCUUCCGGAUACUUGGAACCAGCUCUUCUACGCAGCACUCAUCGCGUAA